AGAAGGAAAGGGAAGCCAGUCCUCCUUAGUGCCUCUGUGGCUGUCAGCUUGGGCUGUCGGGCAGAUAAGACAUCCAGGUGGGAAAAAACUGGCCAGCCGUCACCUGAGGUCACCAGGCACGGUGAAGUCUUGGCUGUCACAGUCGGCCCGAAUGCUGGCCAGAGAAGGGGGAGAACGAACUGAGGCUGAGGAAAAAGAAGACAAGAGCUGAACCCCUGUAGGGGAAAGAUGGGGCAGAGAUUCUGAGCAGCACAGCUGGAAGAUCAGUGCUGGCCCCAGUUCUGUAUCUCCAGAAGACCCAUGUCUGAACAGGUACCUGCUGUGAUCGGAGGUGUGGUUGGUGGAAUUCUUUUAUUGGUCCUUAUUGGAAUAGCAGUAUACCUCUUUUGGAAGAAGGCAUGCCUCCAGGCUGCUUACGAAGAACUCACCAGUCCUUCCUCCCCAACUGAUAAGCUAGUUGGUCUACAGGAACCGGGUAUUUGCCAUUCAUCAUCUUCAGUUCACCCUCCAAAUUCAAGCAGAACAAGAAGUGUCCCUUUUAUCAUUCCACCAAAAUUUCAUAAGGAAGCUUUGACUGAUAUGACAAAUGGAGAACAAAUUCAAGACGACAGUGAUCUCUAUGUUACCCCAAACUCUGGACCUCGAUCUUCUUUCCAUUCCUUAGCUGGAGCAUACCUUGUAGGAGCCAUCAACCCAGACCUGUAUAAGUUUCCCGAGGACAAAAGUGAGACAGACUUCCCGGAGGGCUGCAUUGGCCGGCUGUGGUUCUCAGUGGAAUACGAGCAGGAGUCGGAAAAGCUCCUCAUCUCUUUGAUCAAAGUCCGGAAGCUGCAGCCUCCCUCCAGCUCCUGCUGCCCUUUCGUAAAAAUCUACCUGCUGCCAGAUGAGCGGCGGUAUCUGCAGUCUAAGAUCAAGCGCAAAAAUCUCAAUCCUCAGUUUGAUGAGAAUUUUGUUUUUCAGGUUUCCAGUAACACCUUAUACCAGAGGACACUCAAGUUCUGUGUCUACCAUGUGGACAAACAAAAGAAGCACAUUUUCGUAGGCCAAGUAAUGUUCCCUCUAAAAAAGGAAACCUUAAGUAGUGACAACAAAGUUGUCAUCUGGAAAGACUUGGAAACAGAAACCCUGGAGCCUCCUUCUGAACAUGGUGACAUCCAGUUUUCUCUUAGCUAUAAUGACUAUCUGGGCCGCCUCACAGUGGUGGUGCUGAGAGCCAGAGGUCUGAGAAUCCAGAAUGACAGACAGGUGACCAGCGUGUCCGUCAAAGUGUCGCUCAUGAACCGUAAUCAGUUCAUCAAAAGCAAAAGGACCUCGGCUGCCCUAGGAUCCCCUGAUCCACUGUACAAUGAGACUUUCAGCUUCAAGGUAGAUCAGCAGGAACUGGAGACAGCAAGCCUGAGUCUGUCUGUGAUCCAGAACGGCGAGGGAAGUGAAACCUCCUCACUGGGCCGUGUGAUCGUUGGGCCUUUCAUGUACACCAGGGGCAAGGAACUAGAACACUGGAAUGAAAUGAUCAGUAAGCCGAAGGAGCUGGUGAAGAGGUGGCAUGCGCUUGCUGUGAGCACCUGAAGGGCCGAGAUCUUCCUUGCAAAAGAGACACUUUCCGCCUGUAUGGGAGACAAGAUUUUCCACUGUGCAAAUCUGUUGGAUUUCUGGGAUGUAUUUGCGUGGAGGCUUGGCAUCUAUGUUAUGUAGUUGGCAACAGUUCUGAAAACCUGGGGCCACAUAGCAGCAGAGUGGAGAGACCUAGAUCACCAAGAGAAGGUGGUGUGGCCACCUCUCUCGUUCCGCAGGAGACUAUUAAAAUUCAUAUGCUUUUACCAAA